AUGGACAACAUGACGUAUCCUGUGAUACUGACACUUAUGGUGCCAAAAGAAACUAAAUCAUAUAGGCAUGUAUAUUUUAUUUGUUUUCUUUCAUUAUAUGUACUCAUCUUGUCAAUUAAUAUUCGUCUUGUUAUGGUCAUUGUCACGGAGAAAGCUCUUCAUGAACCAAUGUACAUAUUCCUCGGUCAUUUGUGUGUAAACGGGGUUUAUGGAGCCUCAGGAUUCUACCCUAAAAUUUUGUCUGAUUUAAUACUGGAUUCAUAUGUGAUCUCCACUAACAUGUGUACUUUGCAAACCUUUGUUAUCUACAGCUCUUUUCUUUCUGAGAUCACAAUAUUAACAGUGAUGGCUUAUGACAGAUACAUAGCCAUAUGCAAACCUUUAGACUACCAUUCCAAAUUAUCUAAAAACACCUGUGUAAAAUUAGUUCUGCUCUCAUUGGUUGUUUCAAACACAUUUUCAAUUGCAUCAGUCCUGUUAUCAAAAUUGAGGCCCUUUUGUAAAUAUCACAUUGACAAAUUAUAUUGUGACAACUGGUCAAUUGUAAAACUGUCUUGUGCAUCAAAUUUAGUUAACAAUGUCUUAGGAUAUGCCAUGACAGUCAUAUUUUUAAGCUUUAUAGUUUUUAUCGUAGUGUCCUACUUUAAACUAAUCGCUGCAUGUAAAGCAUCUUUAGAAAACAGAAAGAAAUUCUGGCAAACAUGUCUGCCACACAUAUUUUCACUUAUUAAUUUCACUGUUGCUUAUUUUUUUGAUAUUAUGCAUAGCAGAUAUGGUGCAAAUGACAUUCCAGAGAGCUUGCGUAAUUUUUUGGCUCUAGAACUGGUGAUAGUUCCGCCUGUGUUGAAUCCUCUAAUCUAUGGGUUAAAUAUUAGAGCAGUGCGCAAAAGAGUUUUCACUUAA